AUGGCGCAACUAUCAGUAGAAACACAGGGAAUCUACUGGGGUAUACCUACUUACCCCUCGACUGUGAAAGGUUUGAAGGCACUGGUUUUCGGUGCUAACGGCAUCUCUGGUAACUACAUGGUGCGAGCUCUCUCUCGCUCUCCAGAGAGAUGGAGCCAAGUCGUGGCGUUGUCUCGACGUCCUCCAUCUGCAAGUCAACGUUCUUCCGAGAACGUUAGGCACGUCCAAGCAGAUCUUCUACAAGAGCCAAAGGACCUCGCUCAGAUAUUGAAAAAUGAACAUAUUCAAGCCGACGUUGUGUUCUUUUUCGCAUAUAUGCAACCGACCCCAAAAGAAGGGGCCUCGUUAUGGUCCAACGCCGAAGAACUUUGCAAAGUCAAUGGUCAACUACUUCAAAAUUGUUUCCAGGCUCUUGACUUGGCAUCUAUUCGACCAAAACGAUUCCUGCUUCAAACUGGUGCAAAAUACUACGGUGGUGGCCUUGCUCUGCCUGCAAUAGAGUCUGAUCCACGAGUUCCAGAACCUAAUUUCUACUAUGUCCAAGAAGAUCUUUUGUCUGAAUACUCUCGCAGAACUGGGGUCGAAUGGAAUGUCGUACGACCUGCAUUCAUUAUAGGUGCAGUGGAAGACGCCGCUAUGAACUCGGUCUACCCAUUAGCGGUGUACGCAGCCGUGCAAAAACACAAAGGAGAAAAACUUAUUUGGCCUGGUGACGUGGCCGCCUGGGAGAGGGAAGUGAUCCAGUCGAGUGCAUGGCUCAAUAGUUACUUGUCCGAAUUCUUGACUCUGCACGAAGAUGCUAAAAACCAGGCGUUUAACGCUGCAGAUGCUUGUUAUUUCACCUACGGCAGGCUAUGGUUGGAGCUGGCAGGUUGGUAUGGCAUCGAUUAUACGUUACCAGAAGUUGGCACCGAAGGAUUUCAAGAGGUUCCGAUGGGAUUUAAGAAAAACUUGAGCAUUGCUCCGAUGCCAAUCCUCAGAUUCAAAUUCAGCUUUGUUCAGUGGGCUGAGAGACCUGAGAACAAAACAGCCUGGAAAGAACUCAUGGAGAUACACGGCUUGAGAGGCAACCCGUUUGGAGAGAGCCUGCAACGAAUUUUCGAAUUUUUGGACUUUGCUGUCUUGCCUCCAUUCUCUCUUACGUUGAGUGUGACAAAAGCAAGAAAGCUUGGUUGGAAUGGAUAUGUUGAUCCGAUCUUAUCUCAUCGGGAGGUCAUUGAGGAAUUUGCCGCCAUGAAAAUGAUCCCACCAUUAAAUUAG